AUGCCCCUGACAAUAAAAGGUGGUCCAAUCCAUUUCGGCCCUUUCCUCGUCACGUCGCAGGUCUUCCAUCAAACCCCGCUAAGCAUCGCCCUCGUAAACCUCAAGCCCAUCCUCCCAGGCCACGUCCUAAUAUCCCCGCGCCGCGUCGUCCCGCGGGUAGCCGACCUGUCACCCCCCGAAACUGCCGAUUUGUUUCUCACCGUGCGGCGUGUGAGUCGAAUGAUUGAGCGUGUUUAUGGGGCUACGAGUUUGAAUAUUGCGAUCCAGGAUGGCGUGGAUGCGGGCCAGAGUGUGCCGCAUGUGCAUGCACAUAUUAUUCCGCGGAAGAGGCAUGACUUGAGUAGUACGGAUGAGGUAUAUGAGAGGCUGGAUGGAGAGGAGGGGGAUUUGUCAAAGAGUUUGAAAGAAAAGGCUAAAGAGCAUGGGGGAAGGGUUAUGGAAAGGCUGAAGGUUGAUAAUGAGGAGAGAGUUGCUAGAGGAUCGGAGGAGAUGGAGAAGGAGGCGGCUAUGUUGGCAAGGGAGAUGGCGAAAGAGCCUACUGAUUAA